AAAAAAAAUCCUAUACAAGUUUGUGUGAGGUUAAGAAAAAAUAAACAAAAAUUAAUUUUGAAAUGUUAUUUAAUUUUUUAUAUGAUAAUUAAUAUAAAUUUAUGCGGUUUUACGUUUGUGGUAUUAAAAUUAAGCUGUCAUAUAUACAUUUUAGUAUUAAGUACAUAAAUUGAAGAGGCUACCCCCGCGAGAUUGAGAUGAAGUGUGAGUACUUCCACCAUUUAAAAUGAAUACCGAAAACACCGGAAUCGAAAAAAUUAUUGAGGAAAUUAACUCAAAAAACGCUAAAAAAGUUGCGUUUUUUUUAGUUUUGUGUUUUACUUGCUAUCAUGCAUUGUUGCAUGUUAAAUACGGCUCAAAUUCAUGUAGAUGGCUACUAUCAGAUGGACGCUAUAAGGGCGAUAAUGAAUGGCAACCUUAUGGUUGUAUGCUUCAUCCAUACACAAAAAUAGAUACCAAGAGAUGUUUAAGAUACAUGGCAUAUUACGGAUCUGAAACUCAUUUUGCGUUUGUUGGUGACAGUAGAAUAAGACAGUUGUAUAUUGGCCUGGUGACCCAUAUGUCAGACAACCAGAUUUUUAAUACACAGUCGGAGAUUACCAACUUAUCUUAUUACAAUGAAAAUUUAAACAUAAAAGUGGAAUACCUAUGGGCUCCUUUUGUUUCCAAAGAGAUGACCGAUUAUUUUAAAAACUGGGACACCUCUCAAGAUCCACCUUCAGUAAUAGUAGUAGGCUCAGCAGUAUGGCCUAUAAUUAGUUCAAAUGGUUCCAAAGAUGCUGUGGAACAGUACAAAAGAAACAUAUCCAGACUGAUUCAGCCAAUCGACAGUUUGUUUGAGAAGAAAUCCAGGACAUUUUGGACCAUUCAACCAGCAGUGAAUGAAGAGAAACUUGGCUCAGAUAAACUGAUUAUUGAAAACAACUUGUUAGAUUUAUACAACAAUGCUGCAAUUGAGAUUUUGUCUCAUUCAAAAGCCAACCUUUGGUGGAGUAUAAGAUUGAUCGGUCAAGGCAUGGUGUUGGACAGUCCAGAUGGAAUUCACUUAGCUGACCGACCUCUUAAGCAUUGCACUCAAAUUUUACUGAACAUGUACUGCAACGAUAAUAUGAAUUUUAACGAUGGAACUUGCUGCAGCUCCAUGGAGUCUUAUACCACAUUGCAAAUUGUGGUGUUUGCUGUUUUAGGAAUUUGCGUUAUUACAGCAAGUUGCAUAGGCUUAUGUCGCUUCAUUGUUAAAUUACGAGGGCGUCCCUUUCACGAGUACCAACGAUUACCUGAAAACGAAACAGAAUUAGUCCAAAUCAGCAACCCCAACUACUAUUCUUUGUUCAUCACAUUAACUAAAUUAGCCAUUAUAAUGACGUAUUUUUUUACAUGCGAUCGCACUAAUUUUUUCAUGAAGGAAAACAAAUAUUAUUCGGAAUUCAGUUUCUGGCUUCCCAUUGGUUAUGUGAUGGUAUUGGGUUUGUUUUUUACCGAAGAUAGUAAAUUAACUAAAGUUUUACAUAGAGAUCAGCUGAAUGAGUCUAGGGGUUGGAUGCAGCUGGUUAUAUUGGUAUAUCAUGUAACCGGGGCGAGUCGCAUCUUAGUUAUUAAAAUGCACGUUAAAGUCUUGAUUUCUGCCUAUUUAUUUUUGUUGGGUUAUGAGCAGUUUACUUACGUGUGGCAUCGAGGCGAUAUCAGCAUAGUGAACUUUUUCAGAAACCUUUUCAAGUUGAAUUUCAUGACCGUCACUUUAUGCUUAUGCAUGAAUCGUCCAUAUCAAUUUUAUUAUUUCGGUCCUUUAUUGUCAUUUUGGUACAUGAUGAUUUACUAUUUCCUAGCGUUUCCGCCCCACAUUACCGCCCAGACUUGCGAAAACAAUCCCAUGAAAUUAUUCUACUUACUGGUCAAAUUUAUUUGUUUGUUCACUAUAAUAACCGUGAUGUUCCUGUCCGAGGUGUUUUUCGAGAAAAUUUUCGUCACUCGUCCGUGGAAAGCGUUAUUCGUCACCACCGACGACGAUAUUCACGAGUGGUGGUUCAGAUGGAAGCUGGACAGAUACACCAGUGUGUACGGCAUGUGUUUUUCUGUCUUAUUGAUUUUGGGCCAAAAGUAUAACAUUUUUGACGAUAAUAAUCAUUCGAAUUUGUUUUCUAAGCGGGUGGCUCUCAGUACUGCUCUGGCCUCGUUUUUGGGCAUCGGAACGUAUACCGCUGUCACAUUUCUUUGUAGGUAUGAGCUAGAUUGUAGUGAAAUCCACAGCUACAUCGCUUUUAUACCCAUAGUGAGCUACAUAGUUCUCAGGAACAUGUCCGGAAUGCUUCGCACUCGCUAUUCGACGUUUUUCGCGUGGUUCGGCGAGAUUCACUUGGAAUUGUUUUUGAGUCAGUACCACAUAUGGUUGGCAGCGGAUACUCACGGGGUUUUAGUACUCAUCCCGGGAUUCCCCGUCGUCAAUUUGAUCGUUACCACGUACAUUUUUGUGUGCGCCUCCCACGAGAUGCACCAAAUUACAAAGGUCCUUUUGCCUGUCGCAGUACCGGCCGAUUGGAAGCACGUAUUAAGAAAUUUGAUUUUGUUUAUGGCGAUUUUGGUGCCUAUUGGGAUAAAUGAUGGAAUGUUUUGAAACGUGAAUUGGAAGGGACGGAAAUAAAUUUGAGGCCAAAGUUAUUGAAGUAUAGUCAAAAUGUUAAUUUAAGAAAUAUAGAUUCAUCAUUACAGUCCAAUUGUGAUCCAGCCCAAUACAUACGGGACGCAGGCAAAAUAUGAACACAGCUUAAUUGAUUUCCAAACAUAUCGGACUAUCACUAUCUACAGGGUUAUUCACGACAUACGACACGGAAUAUUUUGGCUACAGGGUAAAACAAACUGGAAAUAUAAGAAGCGUUCCAGAAUUAUAUUUUAAAGUUAUUUUCCUGACAUACAAAGUGUUUAAACUGCAGAGACAUAUCAAAGUCAUGUUUUUUUUUUGAAUGGAUUACAUGGAUGUUUUUUAUUGUUAUUUCAGUAUAUCAAAAAUAAUAUAGGUUCAUCCUCGAAUAAUAACAGACUUUUAAAAAGCAAAAGAGGUACUGAUUACUAUUUUAUUCAGUAUUUUAAUUUACUUAAUAAAGAAUGUGGAAUAGUAUUUUAUAAGUAAUGAAUUCUACUUCAUUCAUAAUCAGCACAAUAAUCAUAUUUUGUAUUUAGUUUUUUUUGUUUCAUUAUUUUGUCUUUUGACUUGUAUGAUUACGAGUAUAUUGACGAUAUUAUGUAAUAUGAUAUGCUGAACUUUUACUUUUAUUUGGAAUUUUCAAAUUUCUACAUUAAUUAAUAUUUAUAUAGAAAAAUUAUUUUUAUAAAACAAGCAUAGUCUGUUUGCUUUUAUACUUCUGGUCUGUGGAAACUAGUUUAGAAUAUUUAGAUCUUUUCAAUGAAGCAUUUUGAAGAAAUUUUUAAAGAAAAAAUACGAAUUAUCAGGUGUAGUUAGGUCUGAUUUGUCGAACGGUUUAAUUUAUUCAAGAAGUUCAAAAUUUAAUGCAAAGGAAAAUGACAAAGAUUUCUUGAAGUAUCAUACUUCAAAGAAUCAUAAUGUGCUAUUUCAUUGUUCUAAGUGUAUCAAAAAACCAGAAAGAACAACAGAAAUUACCUUCAAGGGUGGCAUAUAUCGAAACUCAAUCAGCUAUUAUAAAUUGCAUGAAAUCUGAGUACAAUAUUUUAAUCAAAUAUCAAAAAAGGUAAAAAGUGUCAUAUGACCGCAAAACUCAACAUGUCAAAACUCAUUAAUUGUAUCAUAAAUAAAACUCUUAUACCAAAUUUCAACCAAACCAAACAAUACCAAAACAUGUAGGGUCAAUUGGGGUAAAUGUAAACUGGGGUAAUUGUAGACACAUCUAAAAUAAGAAACACAACAACAUUUAGAUUUCAAAUUUGGCGCGAAGCUCACUAUUCGAGUCGUGCCGACGUCGAGCGAAUUCGGUUUCCCUUAAAAUUUUACUCCUGUUUGUGCUCUUCUUGCAUUAGUUGGCUGAUGCAAUUUGAUGUGUUUGGUGGUUUUAUGUUGAAUUUCGGCACUGAAGUUUUCGAAUGCAAAUCAUCGAGGUAAGUUAGAUAUUUCAUUUGGACAUUGUUUGUUAUACUAUUGUGUCUAUUUUACGCCUAAAUGUCUGUUAAAACGACAAAUUUUACAAUCACUAAAAUAAUUCAGUGUUUACAUUUCCCCCUAAUAAAUUUGUUCUUGGGGGAAAUGUAAACACACUUUUGGGGGAAUUGUAAACAUAAUUAAAUUAGUGUCUCGCCGAUAAUUUAUGUAAAAUGAGUAAUUUCUUUGUCUUGUUGCAGUGUAAAGAUGCCCCGCACUUAUGUAAGGAAAAAAGAAGCACCUUCUUACACAACUGAAGAUGUUACGAAUGCCGUUGCAGAUGUCCAAAAUAAAAAUAAAACGUAUCGUCAAGCAGAAACGUUCUAUGGUGUUCCCAGAUCAGUUAUUUACCAAAAGAUAGGAGGAAGAAAGACUCCAUUAAAUGUGACAAAGGGUGGACGUUCCCAAGUUUUAUCCUCAGAUAUCGAAAAUGAAAUAGUGAAAUGUUUAUUGGCACGUACUGCGAUGGGUCUACCAUGUGACAAAGCAGAACUUAGACUUCCAAUAGCGCUCGUUGGACUUCCAAUAGCGCCUAUCUAGGAACUCUAUAUGCGACCUCCACGAAGUUUGGUAAGGAACAAAUGGGACGAGGGUGUGGACGGCUAACUAAGGAAAAAUUUACCGAAUUACUUGGCAAGAGUCUAUGGUUUCUAGCAAUAUUAUAUCUGGAUUUAAAAAUACUGGCGUAUACCCAAUUGGUCGAAACAAAUUCACACAAAAUGAAUUUACACCAGAAGACUUGGCCAAAUACGAAGCUGCUCUCAAAGCUCCAAAAUCUAUAACAUCCGAUGCUAUUAUUAUCCAACCAGUAUCCUCUAAAUCAACUGUUGUUGCAAUUUCUGAACGAAACCCACUUCUACCCACGGCCGACGAUCAAAUGCCUUCAACUUCAUCAUGUUGUAGUCAACAUCAUUCAGUAUCAUCAGCUGAAAGCCGACAGCAGCAUUCUACAUCGUCAAGUGACUACCAAAAAUUAUUAGUGGCACCUACCCAUAGUCCACAACCAUCGACGUCAUCGUCUAUCAGUAAAUCGACAGAAAUUACCAACAUUUUCUUGCCACUCAGCCGCCGUGAAGAUACUGUUGAAGAGAAAAAAACAAGUCAUACCAAGAUUAAAGCAACAAAGAUAUGAGAAGCAGAAGAGAAGAAGAAAAAUAAAGGAAAAAAGGCUAAUCUGGAAACGGACAACAAAAAGUUAGAGCCGAAAUUGAAAAAAAUGAGAAGUGAAACAGUUGCAGAGUCGGAAAGUUCUGAUGGAGAAAUAAGUCUAGGUGAUACUGAUGAUGAAAUAGAUUGGGCAGAACCGGAAAAACAAGAUAUAGAGCUUAAAACAGUCGAGAGUUCAGACUUGUCCACAGGGAAAUUUAUUCUUGUGCAGUUCAAAGGCGGAAAGAGAAAGACUACUAUUUUUAAAUAUGUGGGUUUAAGUGAAGCUGUGGAUGAAAAAUUAACGGAAAUCAAAGUGACUGGUCUUAAAUCCUGGGAUGCAUCAAAAAUGCUUUUCAACAUUGUUGAAACUGAUGUCAGUUAUAUAACCUUGAAUCAAAUCAUUGGUGUGCUUCCCGAUCCUGACAUUCAAAUAAAGAGAGAGAGAGAAUACUAUACAACUUUCCAGCAAUAGUUCCUGUUUAUGAGCAAAACUAAUUUUUAUACCUAUAAUAUUAUUAUAAGUACAUACUUAGAAUAAAUUUCUUUUAUUAGCGUUCUCAAAAAUAGUUUAGUUUUAGUUAAAAUAAACAGAACUGUUGGAAAAUAUUUACUUUUAUCUCGAUUUUUCAUUUAUAUUGCAAGCAAAACCUUUAAGGUCACAUUAUUUUGGGGUAAAUGUAAACACGACUUAUAUCAAAAAAUAUUUUGCUACACAGCGACUUUAUAUAGUUCAUUUACAUUUGCCCCAGGUUUUUUUCUGGUAGAGUAAAUGUGUCAAGAGAUGCUUGUUUACAAUUACCCCUAAAGAGUAGGGGCAAAUGUAAACGGACAAGCAUGUUAAAUAUAUUUUUUUUUUAUCUUAAUGUGACUUGUAAUUACAGAAAACCAUUAGUAAUUAUCAAAGAAGAUACUAUAAGCUAUGUGACUGCUAAUUUACGUAUACAACUAAUAAUGCGUGAUGUCAACGAAAAUCGUUUAGCAAGUCAAAACAUUAAAUAUCGUCCACAAUUACCCCAAUUGACCCUGUGUUAAUCAUGUCACUUAAAACUCAAUAUCAAUUAUUUUGUUAAAAUUAAAUCCUACUUAAUUAUUUUCACAAACCUUAAAACCUUUCUUUAUUUAUGAUGUAGAAUCCAAAAAUCAAAUAAUAUUCAAGGUGUUCCGUUAAAGAACACAUAACUUUAAUAUGUUUUUGCAGUUUGAAACACUGUAUGCUAAUGAAAAUAAUUUUAAAAGAUUCUGGAACGCCUCUGGUAUUCCUAUUUUUUUUAAACUUGUAGUUUAGCCUCAAUAUUUGGUGUCGUAUAAGUAAAUAACCCUGUACACUGUUUUUUUUGUUAAUUUUUUAUUUAUUUAUUCAUUUAUGGUGUUAAAAAAUCAUAAAUCCGGAUAUUUCCCCUUUUUUUAAAUUUCCUUUUCAUACUCAAUCCUUUUUAUCUUU